AUGCCACCGGCGGCGGUGGGCAGGCGCUCAACGGGCACGGGUAGGGCAGGUCCGACGCUCGACGAGUGGCUGCAGGCGCUCGACGGGCGGCUGCAGCGGGGCCGCGGCGGCGGCUACGACGGGGCCGCAAUGGCGGCUGCAGGCACGACGCCGGCUACGGCGGGGCAGAGCCGCGACAGCGGCUACGGCGGGGCCGCAACGGCGGCUGCAGAGGUGACGGCGGCAGGGCAGGGCAGGGGCGGCCGCCCCAAGGGCGGGCGCGGGGCGGGGCAGGGCGCGGGCAGGCCGCAGAUGAGGCAGGGCGAGCAGGGACGGCGCCUAGGGGGUGCCGCGACGAGCAGGGGCGACGCCGCGCGGGUCCCGCAGGGGCGUCGCGACAAGCAGGAGCGGCGCCGCGCGGGUCUCGCAGGGGCGUCGCGACGAGCAGGAGCGGCACCGCGCGGGUCCCGCAGGGGCGUCGCCACGAGCAGGGGCGACGCCCGGGUCCCGAAGGGGCGCCGCGACAAGAAGGAGCGGCGCCGCACGGGUCCCGCAGGGGCGUCACGACGAGCAGGAGCGGCGCCCCACGGGUCCUGGGGCGGCGUCUCGGGGUCCAGGGGCAGCGUCACAGUGUCCAGGGGCAGCGCCGCGGGGUCCAAGGGCGGCUUCAAGGCCCGCCGUCGUGAGCGUAUCGCCGAUUUUCUGUAUGUUUCCUGGCGCCUAGAACAUCCCGGCGAGACUGUGCCGACCCUCGAGUACGUGUAG